GGUCGUGGGACUGUCCCAAGUGAGAGUGCUCAAGGCUGACACCUCUUCAGUGUCUUUUUUUAAAUGUAUAACUAAAUGCAUGGAAACAACCGGAUGUUUUAAUAGCAGAUGUUUUAUUUACAAUGUUUUUAUUUUGUAAGUAGUCGUGUUUUGAGGAAGUUUUAGAUUUCAUAACGAGGUUGAAUUUUGGAUGAUAGUCGCUUGAGUUCGGAGUUCCAAGAUGAACUUCAAUCUGACGUUCAUCAAAAGUCCGGUGGUGGUGUUCCUGCUGUGCUCUUGGCUGGUGUGCUGUGGGGCAGAGCUGAAUGGCGUGGUGGCGACCCAGUGGUCCGGCGAUGACAGGAACCGGACGCUGCAACACAAAAACUGUGUGGAGAACCAGCAGUACCUCCACCAGGGCCUCUGCUGUCUCAACUGCCAGGCUGGUACAUUCAUGCUGAGGGCGUGCGACAGGGACAUGGAGCAAGGGACGUGCAUGCCCUGCGAACAUGGCUUGUCCUACACAGAACACUCCAACGGGAUGAACCGCUGCCUGCCCUGCACCCACUGUCGCAUGGACCAGAGCCAGACAGUGCCCUGUACCAGUACAGCAGACACCCAGUGCCAGUGUCAAGCGGGCACCUUCUGUGUGCCAGAGCAGGCCUGUGAGGUCUGCAAGAGAUGUGCCAAGUGUAAAGCGGGGGAGGAGGAGGUGAAGAAAUGCACCCCCAUCUCCAACACUGCGUGUAGGAAACGAGACAUCUCCACUACCCUCCACCCGAUUGCCAUCCCCACCCCCGCCCCCAUCUCUGCAGAGACCAUAGUUACGCCAUUGGUCAUUCUGCUCUUGCUCUUCCUCCUCUUCAUCGGGAUUGGUGUGUGGCUUUGGAUCAAGAGGCCAUGUACAUUUCGGCCAGUUUGUCUCUCAGGUUCAGACAGUCGCUGUGACUCCAGUGACAUUGUGAAGAUUGCCAUUGGUGAGAGUGGACCCACAGCAGAGGAGAGACAGAACAGCCAGAAUGCUGGCCUGGAGGGGGAGGAGGGGGAGGAGGUCCGUCCCGAGUCACGUCCCCUGCUGCAGGAGACCCAGGGCGGCCUGAUCAAGGCCUCCCCUCCCCUGGGAUUGGGGGAGGACGAGGACCGGGGCCUGGGUGACAGCCUGCCCAACACCACCAGCUCCUCCCAGACCAGCCUGUCGGCCCUGCCCACCGCCGGGGCAGCCUCGUCGGGCAGCUCCCCCCGACACAGCCCCUCCGCCCAGAGACUGCAGCCCACAGCCAGGGAUGAUCCUCUGCAGAAGAGACUGGUGUCCCUGAUAGGGGAUGAGACGUCCCUGAAGAAGAGCUUUGACCUCUUCGAUGAGUGCCUGGACGUGCGGAUCCACAACAAGUUUUUUCGCUACAUCGGCGUCCAUGACAACCACAUCAAGAUGGCGGAGAGUGACCCCCCUAGCGACAAGGUGUAUGACCUGCUGAAGAACUGGAUGCAGAAGGAGGGCCUGAAAGCGGACAUCAACUCCCUGCUCCAGGCCCUUCUCAGUCUGGACCAGAGGCGCUCCGCUGAGAGCAUUGCCUUCGCUGCCAUCCAGAAGGGCUACUACAAACAUGCAGACAUGCCCUGACACCCCCAGCCCACUGGGGGGCUCUGCCUCAGAGACAUGUGUGGAUUGAGAUUAAAUAAAAAAACAUUGAUGAAAGACAACGUCAACUCUUAUCGGCCUAAUUGGCCUGAUGUAUUCUGCCUAUAUGCCUGUGCCUCUAAAACAACACCAAUGGAGGAGUUGGAGAUAAACAAUGUUGUCUUUUGAAUAUCUGCCAAUAUGGUCUGGUGUAUUUGGCCUAAAGGCCCGUGCUUUCUAAAACAAAAUAUAAAAAAACAAAAUGGAGGAUUUGGGGAUAAACCUUGUUUUCUUUUGAAGAUAGCAUUAUCGGCCUGGUGUUCUAAAACAAAAACAUAAAAUGGUAGAAGAGUUGGAUGAUGUUGAUGUUUUCCAGUGGGUGGAUCUGGAGCUCAGCUUUGACCUCCAUGAUUUUACGCCCCACCCCUUCUCUCUGAGCGACUGACAUGGCUUAUAAGCCAAUACCGAACCCUGGGACAGGGACAUACACUGGUUUGUAGGAGUGGCAUUAGCUUGCGCGUUCCUAUGCCCAGGCGUUGCUGACGCCUGCCAGAUAUUACAAUGCCUGGAUAGGUAUUUUAAGUAUCGGCAAAUCACAAGAUAUGUUAUACCAAUCUGUCAGUCGAUGACACAGUUGAUGGCGUGGCACGCAACCAUUGGUUGGUGCAUGUAACGUCUGAGCAAGGGAACGCAACCACUAUGUCACUGAUACUGCGUCUACUUGAUGCACUGGCCUCUGGCACGUGUAGGGUUUUGAGAUACAGGUAACAAAUGCCCAUAUUAGGCAAAAGGUUAUAUGUUUGAAGUACAGGUAGAGAUAGGCCAUUUAAGCAUAAUUCUGUUAAAAAUUACAGUAAAAUACAGACCAUAUUGUAUUAUGUUAGUUUAAAAUGCAGGUUGGUAUGAUUUUAAUAUUUGCAUAUUUGGGUGUAAAUAUGUUUUAUACGGUAGUCCAUUACUGUUACUGUUUUGUUUUUUGAAGUAUCAGAAUUCGUGCCAUAGGCUCAUUUAAAGUGUAUAAGUGCAGGCAAGGGCGAAGAUUAUUUUUUUUUAAAUGCAUAAGUGACUAAACUGAAUGUUUUAUAGACUGCGUUUUUAGUUAUUUUGUUUUUCAUUGUUGAUGCGUUCUCACACUGCACUUGUUGGGAGGAGUUUCCGUAACUAUUUCUUUUGUUAGUCAAAUGUUUCUCAAACAUUUCCCACAAACACUCAGAGCCCUCAAGGUUUCAUAGCUGUUUUAUUUAUUGACAUAUUUAUUUUAAACGGAUGAUAAUUACGUUUCAUUAUUUAUUCAAUUACCAACACAGCAACCCUGGAAAACUAAACAGGGCAGUAAUGUGUUGCUACGUUAUCAUGACUACAUUUACCUAGAGGGCAACAUGACUGAGAUCAAAUAGACAGACAGGAGUGGCUGACCUGCAUUUGGGGUUCAUCCUGUCCUGAUCGAUGGCGCCCCACUGAUCAAAGACUAUGUUCGGUCAGUGCACAUACUGUCAAAGAAGUUCAUAGUUACAGUAUAUAUGCCAUUUCUGCACAUAGAGUUUCUUAUUCAGUCAAGGUGGUCAUCAUAAGGUCACUUUUGUAAUUAUGCUUAACUCAACAUUUGUGGACUAUUGAAAAACGUUUCUCUCUCUGCUUGAUUCACACUGUACUUUUCACAUUGUCCAGUAUAGCUCUGCUCGGAUUUGGCUCAGUAGUGUGAAAAGGGUAAUAAUGUAUUGAUAAAAAGUUGGACUCCUUUAUACAUGUCAUCAAAGACAUGAAUAUACAGGUACGCAAAGCACGUUGUUUCUCAUUGUUUGGCUCUGUCAAGAAGAUGAAGGAAAGCUUUUCUGGAUAUUUAAGUCCAAGUUCUUUUUUUUUUUUUGAAAAGUCCAAGUUUAUUUCCUGUAGCAUCCUUUGUACAUACAUUACCAAGAGUGGUUUUAUGUGCUUCACAUUAUAUAUAUAUAUAUAUAUAUAUAUAGAGAGAGAGAGAGAGUUUUAUUAACAAAAAAGAAAAGCCUUAAAGCUGAAGGAAUACUAGUAUAUGAUUACUAAGUAUGAGCACAUUAAACUUGGUUUAGCCCCUUUUUCCCUCUAGUCUAGUGGCUACACUUAUGUAAAAGAGCGAAGAAAUCUUUUUUUUUUAUAGCUGACAGAUUUGAAACUACAGUGCUGGCACUGCCAUCUAUUGACGGACAAUGAAAAAACAGCCUGCAUCAAUUUCUAUGAACCUUUAUUUUUUCUAAUUCUUCAUAAUGCUUUUCUACCAACAUUUUUUAACACACCUCUUCCAUUAUAAUAUUACCUUUGAGACGGCUUUUGGCUCUUUUUUUUCAUGAACUUUUAGGAGUUAGGAUUAUACAUUGGAGUUCAUAUCAUGUUUGCGCUGUGGCGGUCUCACACCUCACUUCUGUUUAUUUAGUUGCAAAGCUCAAAAACUUUUUUCUUAUUUAAUUUUCUCCCUUCGACAAUUGUUUGCUAGUGUCUGGAUUUCAGAUAAGAAUGUGUCAAAGCCAUUGUGUUUGUUUAAUGUCCGUUUGAAAUAAACAUUUUGUACAAAUAUCCC